UCCUCUUAUGACAAACUCAAAGCUUUUAUUUUACUAAAGUAUUUGGAUUAAUCUUUUGCUUUUCUAUCAUGUUCUGAAAUAGGUACAAUAACAGAAUCACUCAAAAUAUUAUCUCCGUUAAAUGUUUUGUGGCUUUAGAGAGAGGUCUAACAACAUGCGGGGAACAAGAAACCAAGCGCAUACAGGAUUCAUUUAUAAUCUCUCUCCCUGAGCAGAAGCCCGCAUCUCUCCAUAUUGUCUGGUUACCUGCAGGAAGUAUUCUGAAGGAGGAAGAUAGUUCAAAGAGGACAUUCAUGUGCACUCUGGCUUCCAGUUGGCCAUCUGAGUAAGUGAUCGCAAUUGACUGAAGAGCAGCAGGGAAACACUUCCUGGAAUUCUCAUCUACAGACAAGUACAAACUGGGGCCGGGCCCAUUACCUUCACCUACGCGCUGGGAGGGUGGCGGUCUGGCGGGCUGGGCCGGGAUCCCGCCGUGACGCCGAGAGGUGCGGGGCGCGCGGCUAGGAGCCUAGCGCCCCCGCCCGGGCCCGCCCCCAUUCCGCCCGCAUCCCGCCGGGGAAGCGAGCCCAGUCCAGCGCUGCCCGUCCAGUCUUCGCCCAGGAUUUAAAGCCCGCAAGUUUUGUUCUUGAGACCAGCGACUUUCGCUCCGAUGCGGGAAGGAAAGCCGACCUCCGAUUUGGACAUUUAAAGAGUUGGGCUUGGACUUGGUGAGUUUCGCUCUAAACUGCCCUUGAAAUGAAGCUGGACUUCGAGGUGGCAUGGAAUGUUCACAUGGGAGAGCCGCAUGAGGCCGCCCACUACGCUUCCUGAAGGAUGCCCAGGUGGAAGAAUUUUGACGUGCCAGUGUCCUCGUUCUACAGGGUGUUCCAUUCUUUCACAAUCUCAGAAAAAUGGGAUUAAAAGAAACUAUUUUGUGAAAUAAAAAAACUAUUUUCCAUUUUUAAUGACCAACAUGUAUUAAGAUGGACACUUACUCUACGAAAUACGAAGUUCUAUGGUCCCGAAGAAGCCAGUGCCUGUUUAAAACUGAUCCUAAAUAAAAACAGACUUGAGUGGAUAUGAGAAUGUUGAUUAGUGGCAGAAGAGUCAAAAAAUGGCAGUUUAUUAUUCACUUAUUUGCAACUUGUUUUAUAGUGAGCCUCAUGUUUUUUUGGGAACCGAUCGAUAAUCACAUUGUGAGCCAUAUGAAGUCAUAUUCUUACAGAUACCUCAUAAAUAGCUAUGACUUUGUGAACGAUACCCUGUCUCUUAAGCACACCUCAGCGGGGCCUCGCUACCAGUACUUGAUUAACCACAAGGAAAAGUGUCAAGCUCAAGACGUCCUCCUUUUACUGUUUGUAAAAACCGCUCCUGAAAACUACGAUCGACGUUCCGCAAUUAGAAAGACUUGGGGCAAUGAGAAUUAUGUUCGGUCUCAGCUGAAUGCCAACAUCAAAACUCUGUUUGCCUUAGGAACUCCUAGUCCACUGGAGGGAGAAGAACUACAAAGAAAACUGGUUUGGGAAGAUCAAAUGUACAAUGAUGUAAUUCAGCAAGACUUUGUUGAUUCUUUCUACAAUCUUACUCUGAAAUUACUUAUGCAGUUCAGUUGGGCAAAUAUCUAUUGUCCACAUGCCAAAUUUCUUAUGACUGCUGAUGAUGACAUAUUUAUUCACAUGCCAAAUCUGAUUGAAUACCUUCAAAGUUUAGAACAAAUUGGUGUUCAAGACUUUUGGAUUGGUCGUGUUCAUCGUGGUGCCCCUCCCAUUAGAGAUAAAAGCAGCAAAUACUACGUGUCCUAUGAAAUGUACCAGUGGCCAGCUUACCCUGACUAUACAGCUGGAGCUGCCUAUGUAAUCUCCGGUGAUGUAGCUGCCAAAGUCUAUGAGGCGUCACAGACACUUAAUUCUAGUCUUUACAUAGACGAUGUGUUCAUGGGCCUCUGUGCCAAUAAAAUAGGGAUAGUACCACAGUACCAUGUGUUUUUUUCUGGAGAGGGUAAAACUCCUUAUCAUCCCUGCAUCUACGAAAAAAUGAUGACAUCUCAUGGACAUUUACAAGAUCUCCAGGACCUGUGGAAGAAUGCUACAGAUCCUAAAGUAAAAACCAUUUCAAAAGGUUUUUUUGGUCAAAUAUACUGCAGAUUAAUGAAGAUAAUUCUCCUUUGUAAAAUUAGCUAUGUGGACACAUAUCCUUGUAGGGCUGCGUUUAUCUAAUAGUACUUGAAUGUUGUAUGUUUUCACUGUCACUGAGUCAAACCUGGAUGAAAAAAAAAACCUUUAAAUGUUUGUCUAGACCCUAAGUAAAAUGAGCAUGAAAGACAAAUAUUUUGAAAGCCUAGUCCAUCAGAAUGUUUCUUUGAUUCUAGAAGCUGUUUAAUAUCACUUAUCUAUUUCAUUGCCUAAAUUCAUUUCAAAGAAUUCGUAUUUAGAAAAGGUUUAUAUUAUUAGUGAAAACAAAACUAAAGGGAAGUUCAAGUGCUCAUGUAAUGCCACAUAUAUACUUGAGGUGUAGAGAUGUUAUUAAGAAGUCUUGAUGUUAGAAUAAUUGCUUUUGGAAAAUACCAAAUGAACAUCUAGUACAACAUUUCAAGGAAAUGAAUAUAUUGUUAGACCAGGUGACCAGGUAAACAAGUUUAUUUUUGUUAAACAGCACUUGGUGGAGGUGGUAGGGAAUGGAGAGACUUCAAAUGGAAAGAGAGAACAUUACAAGCCUAAUUUAUCCAUAAUUUUAUAAAAGGAAAUCUUAGUGUCUAAAUCAUUGUACUGAUUACUAAAAUUAACCCACUCCUCCCCAACAAGGUCUUCUAAACCACAGCACUUUGUUCCAGGUUCAGAGUUUUAAAUUGAGAGCAUUAAACAUCAAAGUUAUAAUAUCUAAAACAAUUUAUUUUUCAUCAAAUAGCUGUCAGAGGUGAUCUUUAUUUUCUAAAUAAUUCAAACUUGAAAACAGUAAAAAAGUGAUGGAAAAGUUGCCAGUUUGGGGUUUAAACCAUUUUUAAAGCUGCAUGUUCCUUGCAAUCAAAGAGAUGUGUCUGAGAUCUAAUAAAGUAAGUUACAUUUAUUUUACAAAGCAGGAUAAAAAUGUAGCUAUAAUACACACUACCUCCCUUCACUACAGAAAGAAUUAGGUGGUGUUUACUGCUAGGGAGAUUAUAUGAAGGCCAAAAUAAUGACUUCAGCAACAGUGGCUGAACUCACUCUAAGACCUUUGACAGCAGAGGCACUGUUAGGGAAAAUAAGAUGUCUCAUAUAAUAAGGUAAUAUCUAAAAACAUGCAAAACAAAACUAAAAAAGAUUUAUCGGUAUACACAACUGGAUGAUGAUACUUAACAAUUUUUAGCAGGUAGCUUUUUAAUGUUUACAGAAAUUUUAAUUUUUUUCUAUUUUGAAAUUUGAGGCUUGUUUACAUUGCUUAGAUAAUUUAGUAUUUGUAACUAAUGUCAAAACUACAAUGUCAGACAUUCUAGGUUGUAGUUACUUUCAGAGUAGAUGCAGGGUUUUAGAUCACUACAGUUUAAGUUUUCUGACCAAUUUUAAAAACCGUAGAGAACAAAAGCAUAUUUGACCAAGCAACAGGCUUAUAAUUAAUUUUUAUUAGUUGAUUCUUUAAUGAUGUAUUGCCUUUUGGCCAUAUCUACCCUGUGUAUCUAUACUUGGAAGUGUUUAAAGUUGCCAUUGGUUGAAAACAUCAGUGUCUCUGGCCAUCAAAGUGAUCUUGUUUACAGCAGUGCUUUUGUGAAACUAUUAUUUAUUUGCUGAAAGAACUCUUCUGCACCGUGUCCUUUUUAUUUUUGCUUAGAAUAGAAUGGAGCAGGUUUAAAUUUCAAGGAAAUAUGAAGGCACUUCCUUUUUUUUCUAAGAAGGAAGUUGCUAGAUGAUUCCCUCUCACACUUAAAGUACUGAGAAGAGUAUUUGUAAAUAAAAGGGUUCCAACCUUUUAAAAAAGAAGGAAAAAACUUUUUGGUGCUCCAAAUGCAGGGCUAUCUUUUUUAAAAAUGUCAACAAAGGGAAAAUAAACUAUCAGCUUGGAUGGUCACUUGAAUAGACAAUGGUUUUACACAGUGUUAUUGUUAAAAGUUUUUUACCUUUUGGUUGGUUUGCAUCUUUUUUCCAUAUUGUUAAUUUUAUACCAAAAUGUUAAAUAUUUGUAUUAUUUGAAUUUUGCUCUUGUAUGACAAAAUAAUUAGUGGGUUUUAAAAAAAAAAUCUAUGAUUUCCAAUAAACAACUGAAAAAUUA